AUACCCUAACAAUGAUAAAGAGCAUACACACAGCUGUACGUGUGACUGUGGAUUUAGCCUUAACUGCGAGAGAAAACGAUGUUCAGCAAUAAGAAAGAGAAUUGAGUCCUAUGUACAAGACGAAUUCACACGCUCAGUUAUGGCUGUGAAGUCCCUAAGAUCUAACUGAAAACAAACUUAGCGGUAUGAAAUCAAUUUCAGGUACUGGUGUAGCCGAGGCGACGAGAAAUACAAUCAGCAUUAGUUCCGUUAACGUCGUCCUGUCGAUCCUAGAAUGUACAUUGUUCAGCGCUAUACAAUUUGGCUGGAGUUCCUUGGUGUUUGUUUACAAAUCGAUAGGACUAUACCGGAAUCUGUGUCCUAGAAAUGGUACCAUGGAAAUAUCACAGACAUGUACAGAACAAGAGAAACGCCUAAAUAUGUUUUUCAGUGUUUCUCUUACCAGUUUCGUUUUUCUGGGAAUUAUAAUUGGACUCCUACACAAGAAACUAGGAACAACCAGAGCUAGGGUAAUUUUCAUAUGCAUUUAUCCAUGCGGCCUAGUUUUGUUGAGUUACACGAACAGUGAUAUUCCAUGGAUGUUCUUCCCGGGUCUCACACUGGUAGGACUAAGUGGUCAGGCUUUAAUCGUCACAGACAUGCACGUGGUUUUCCAUAUCAAGAAGGGACAGGCUUUCUACGUUACACUUUUAAACGGAGCCGUGGACUCGUCUUCCAUUGCCAUGUUGAUAGUUAAGAUUUUAUAUGAAAAGGGUGUGGAAAUGAAGUACACAUUUUGGGGGAUUGCUGUAGUCCAAGUUGUUGUUACUUUGACUAACACUUUCCUUCACUGGAAACAACCUCAAAUACUUCCUGAAAGAACUGAAGCUAACCAGACAGAAAGGGAAGACAAUGACGAUGAUGCUAGAAAGAAUAACUUUAAAACAAAUGAAACAGAGCCUUCGUUUCGACAGUCCGUGUUAACCGUCGGGUUCGGUCUUUAUUCUAUUUGGAUAUUCUUUCUGUGUCUGCGAUGGGUGUCCUACAUUGGUUUGGCAAACAGACGGUUUUCAGUGGUACUGAAAACUACAGACAAGGUUAGCGAAUUUACGGACGUACUAUCCUAUUUUAUGUUUGGUGGUUUGCCGAUAUCCAUUAUUACCGGAGGCUUUCUUGAAUUCAUUAAAAAGCGAUUUGAAGGAAGCUCGGAUGUUUACAAAAGGAGAGUUUAUCCUCUCAUCAUCGCUCUCUCUAUUUGCUGCGCUAUGUCUAUUGUAAUCUCAACCCUUGGAAUUGUCCAAUCAGCGAACACGUUUUAUGCAGAGUUUGCCGUGGUUCCGUUCUUCAGAUCGCUGUUGUAUUCGACCAACAUGUAUUAUGUCGUCACAAUGUUUCACAGCAAAUGGAUCAGCACAAUAAUGGUUUUAUCCUAUGCCACAACCGGAUUUUCAACAAUUGCACAAUACUUUAUCUUCGAAUGGGUUGUAGAAUAUAACGCAUUUCAAGAGAUGAAUUAUAUGAUGGUGGGUACGUCGGUGGUUUCAUUUGCUCUUCCUUGUAUGUUACUGCUGAAUAAAGGAAGAGGCGUUACAAACGACAUAUCUCAAGACUGAUCUUAAAGAUCCAGAAUGCAUUGCGCUUUCGGAACAACACUCCUCUCUCCACACAAACAAAAUUAAUGCUAUUUUAUAGUAAUGUCGAUGAAAGGAACUGGGACAGUAUGAAUAUAUAGCAUUAAUUGUUAGUUUUUAUUUGUAAAAAAAUUCUUGCAUUGUAACUCGCUGUUUGUUUCCACUUAAAUAAGAUAAAACAAACAAGAAAAAUUGAUCGCCUUUAAUUUCUUUCUUUUCAUCGCCUUACGAAUCAAUUGUGUGGAAUUAUAUAAUGCAACGUUA